AUGCGAGGGGAGAAAUGGAUAGUGAUUACAUCCAUUUUCUAUCCGACGCUUGCCAUUCAUAAGUUCCUUAAUUUGACUACUCAUUGGAAUUUAAUUGUGAUUGGUGAUCGGAAAACUCCGCAUGAUUGGCUCUCUCGUUUAUAUGCUGACCGUUCGCGAAUUUUAUUCUUACCCAUAGAUAAGCAAUCGUCUCUUGGGUAUUCUAUUCUCAAUUACUUGCCUCAAGGUUCUUACGCAAGAAAAAAUAUUGGCUAUUUGGUAGCUAUUGCAUGUGGUGCUCGAAUCAUAUUUGAAUCGGACGACGAUAACCUGCUCGAAACAAAUGACAUUGGUAUCUUGCCCAAAAUUUCUGACUCAGAAACUGUGCCAUGGAUCGCCUUUCGUCGACAACGAUCACCAUUUAUCAACAUCUAUGGUUCGUUUGGUCAUCCACACAUAUGGCCAAGAGGUUUUCCUGUCGAUGAAUUGAGAAAUGUCACUGAAGACGGGUGGCAUUCAGUGAGACGCAAUCAAGGAAAUAUGAUUCAUGCUUAUAUUCAGCAGUAUCUUGCCGAUUUAGAUCCAGAUGUUGAUGCUUUGUAUCGUUUAGCACAUCCUCUUUCGAUCGGUAGAAUUAAAUUCGAUCAAGACCAACCACCAAUAGCUCUUCAACCGUUCACAUUCUCACCAUACAACACACAAAAUACGGUAACACAUUAUGAAGCAUUUUGGGGCCUUUACUUACCUGUGACAACUACAUUCCGUGUGUGUGAUAUUUGGCGAGGUUUUUGGGCACAACGUCUAUUGUGGGAUAUUGGUGGUCGUCUCGUAUUUGGUACAGCAACUGUUAAACAAGUGAGAAAUAGUCAUUCCUACAUCAAAGAUAUGGAUGAAGAGCAUCAAUUAUACCAUCAAUCGGGCUCGUUUGUUCGUUUUCUUGCUUCGUGGUCAUCGUCUUUACCUUCAAUUGCCAAAAGAAUAGCUCAGCUUGCAAGGGAUAUUGCUCAAGCUGGCUUUUGGCAUUCGAAAGAAAUCGAUAUUAUAGAUGCAUGGCUGGCCGAUCUCCGUUCAGUUGGUUAUUCAUUCCCAUCCAUUAUUUCUACUGUGUCUCCUAAUCCAGUCACUCAGAAACGAGCAGCAGUAUGUGUCACUGGUACUGCGGAAUGUAUUAACAAAGUAUGGGCACAAACUGAUGUUAAUCUCAGGAACCGUCUUCAUGGUGACAUUGAUACAUUUCUUUUUCUUUCAUCAUCUUCGCCUAAUCGGUCUCUUCCAUUGAUUCCAUUAGCAACUCGAUUGAAACAAGCUCGCUCUUACAAAAACACAACAGUAACUAUACUUUAUGAAGAUCGAGUCAUUGAUACAGAUAUUCCUGCUGACUGUCCUCCUCAAUAUCGGUUAUCUAGACAUAAUACGUACUCUGAUUCCUACUACUUUCAACAGCUAUGGGCUAUUGCAGAGUGUUACCAUUUUGUAAAGGACUAUGAGAAACGUUCAAAUGUGAAAUAUCAAUUACUCAUUCAUGCUCGUGCAGAUGUAGCCUCCCAAAUGCCGUCGAAUUUCGAUAGGAAAGGUGCAUUGAACGUUAACGUGACACUACUGAUUCUGCGAAAUCGUUACUUUCCAGCGUUACACAAUGGCCUUGUGUUAGGUCCAAUUAAGUUUAUGUAUCAUUAUAUGACAAGGUGGUACAGUUUAGGACCGUGUCUUCUCGAGAGUAUGCAUCACUCAGAAACCUCUCUAUUAAUAUAUUUGAAACGAUUCACCAAAAUCGGAAUCGACAGAACUACAACUGAUCAUACCAAUGCUAUUUCAUAUGAACCCAAUAUUUGUCAUGAAAGUAAGAAUUACUCUUAA